AUGGGGGACAGUGACGACGAGUACGACCGAAGGCGCAGGGACAAGUUUAGAAGAGAGCGCAGCGACUAUGACCGUUCUCGCGAAAGAGAUGAGAGACGUCGAGGAGACGAUUGGAAUGACCGAGAGUGGGACCGUGGCCGGGAGCGCCGCAGUCGGGGUGAAUAUCGGGACUAUGACCGGAAUCGGCGAGAGCGCUUCUCUCCUCCCCGCCAUGAACUCAGCCCCCCACAAAAGCGCAUGAGGCGAGACUGGGAUGAGCACAGUUCUGACCCAUACCACAGUGGCUAUGAGAUGCCCUAUGCUGGGGGGGGUGGGGGCCCAACUUAUGGCCCCCCUCAGCCCUGGGGCCACCCCGACGUCCACAUCAUGCAGCACCAUGUUCUGCCUAUCCAGGCCAGGCUGGGCAGCAUCGCAGAGAUUGACUUGGGUGUGCCACCACCGGUGAUGAAGACUUUCAAGGAGUUUCUCCUGUCAUUGGAUGACUCUGUGGACGAGACUGAGGCUGUAAAGCGUUACAAUGACUAUAAGCUGGAUUUUCGAAGGCAGCAGAUGCAAGAUUUCUUUUUGGCUCAUAAAGAUGAGGAGUGGUUUCGGUCUAAGUACCACCCAGAUGAGGUGGGGAAGCGUCGGCAAGAGGCCCGGGGGGCCCUGCAAAACAGACUGAGGGUAUUCCUGUCCCUCAUGGAGAGUGGCUGGUUUGAUAAUCUUCUCCUGGACAUAGACAAAGCUGAUGCCAUCGUCAAGAUGCUGGAUGCAGCUGUGAUUAAGAUGGAAGGAGGGACAGAGAACGAUCUGCGCAUCCUGGAGCAGGAGGAGGAGGAGGAGCAGGCGGGAAAGCCUGGGGAGCCCAGCAAGAAAGAGGAAGGCCGGGCUGGACCAGGCCUGGGGGAUGGAGAGCGCAAGGCCAAUGAUAAGGACGACAAGAAAGAAGACGGCAAACAGGCUGAAAAUGACAUUUCUAAUGAUGACAAAACUAAGAAAUCUGAGGGUGAUGGGGACAAGGAAGAGAAGAAAGACGACUCUGAGAAAGAUGCCAAAAAGAGUAGCAAGAAGCGGAAUAGGAAGCACAGCGGUGACGAUAGCUUUGACGAAGGCAGCGUGUCCGAGUCGGAGUCCGAGUCCGAGAGUGGCCAAGCUGAGGAAGAGAAGGAAGAGGCUGAAGAAGCACUCAAGGAAAAGGAGAAGCCCAAAGAAGAAGAAAGGGAGAAGCCUAAGGACACUCCGGGGCUGGAAUGUAAACCCCGUCCCCUCCAUAAGACUUGCUCCCUGUUCAUGCGCAACAUCGCACCCAACAUCUCGAGGGCAGAGAUCAUUUCUCUUUGUAAAAGAUACCCCGGCUUCAUGCGUGUGGCACUGUCAGAACCCCAGCCUGAGAGGAGGUUUUUCCGCCGCGGCUGGGUGACCUUUGACCGCAGUGUUAACAUCAAAGAGAUCUGUUGGAACCUGCAGAAUAUCCGACUCCGAGAAUGUGAGCUGAGCCCUGGUGUGAACAGAGACCUGACCCGUCGAGUCCGCAACAUCAAUGGCAUUACCCAGCACAAGCAGAUCGUGCGCAACGACAUCAAGUUGGCAGCCAAACUGAUCCAUACGCUGGAUGACAGGACCCAGCUCUGGGCCUCUGAGCCUGGGACACCUCCUCUGCCAACAAGUCUGCCCUCCCAGAACCCAAUCUUGAAGAAUAUCACGGACUAUCUGAUUGAGGAAGUGAGCGCGGAGGAGGAGGAGCUGCUCGGGAGCAGUGGGGGGGCCCCCCCUGAGGAGCCCCCUAAGGAGGGGAACCCGGCAGAGAUCAACGUGGAGCGGGAUGAGAAACUGAUCAAGGUUUUGGACAAACUCCUCCUCUAUUUGCGCAUCGUGCAUUCCCUGGAUUAUUAUAACACGUGCGAGUACCCCAAUGAGGAUGAAAUGCCCAACCGCUGUGGCAUCAUCCACGUUCGUGGGCCCAUGCCACCCAACCGCAUUAGUCAUGGAGAAGUGCUAGAGUGGCAGAAGACAUUCGAGGAGAAGCUGGCUCCACUGCUGAGUGUACGGGAAUCUCUUUCAGAGGAAGAGGCUCAGAAGAUGGGUCGCAAAGACCCCGAGCAGGAAGUGGAAAAGUUUGUCACCUCUAACACUCAGGAACUGGGCAAGGAUAAGUGGCUAUGCCCUCUCAGUGGCAAGAAAUUCAAGGGUCCCCGACCCUGGCCAACGCCAGAGAGCCUGCGCCUUCACGCCACCGCAAGCUUCCCCAUCAGCGCCUCCCGUCAGUGA